CAACAGCCCGAGAGAGCUCUUCCUUCCUCGCUUUUUUUCUUCGAGAGAGAGAGAGAGAGAGAGAGAGAGAGAGAGACAGAGAGAGAGAGGAAAGGAAGAGGAGCGAGGAGAGUACCGUUCGCUCGGCGUAUAAGCACGUGCGAGUGUAUAGCCCGGGUUAACGCGUGCGAUGAAGGCUGGAAUAAUACGCCUGUAUGUUGUGCGCAUGCACGCGUGGAACAGAUGCGUGUGGCAUGGCGAGCGGGGAUCUCGUGCGCGCGCGCCGAGUCGGUCGACCGCGUGGAAGACGCGCGCUUUUCGAUGGAGUUAGAAGAUUGUACUAUAUUACGCUGUGCACGCAGCUACUACUUUUGAUUUGAAGUGGUAACGGACAGGACCUCAACGCACCUAACUUUUUAAUCUACAGAUGUGUAGUUUUCAAAGAUAUAUGUUAUUCUAUAAAAAUCUGCGUGACAGAUACCGGGUACCCGAAAAUUGGUCCGAGUGUGGGGAUCGAUUGAUCAACGAAGAACCAGAAAAAAUGCUUGACCUCUUGUGUCGCGGAUUAAUCGGGUACUGGGCUGACUUGCAGAAGUUCGACUUCUCGGAGUGUACAAAGAGAGUGAACGAAGAAAAUUUUACAAAUCAAUUGAACUUGACACCGAUUUAUUUUUAUAAAGCAGACAGCAAACUUUAAUUGAGACAAAAGUUUAAAUUUAUGCAGCGCCUUCAUAAGGAAUAAUUAUACUUUUAAAAAUGACGGUUAACGAGCAAUUUUCAUGACCACAACAGUAAUCUUGAAUAAGCGACAAGACCGAAAAAAUUGCAAAUACGUUCCGCUAAUGGGUCGAAAAGUAAAUUAAAGCCUUAUGUCGCCAACGGAACCCAGACACUGGCGCAACCUACCGUCGGUUUGUCCAACUGUACUGCAGAUGAUUUUAUGCGCAGCUGCAGCUCUGUUAGAGGCUGGGCUGGCUCGAGGCAGACAGUUUGUUUUCGUAACGCAAAAAGUGGGUGUUUUGACAGGAGACUGCUCCGAAAUUUUCAGUUUUUCAAUCUCGUAGACGUGUCUUCGAUGUGAUUUAACGAAUCGAAACAGUUUAAUUCUGCCCUUUUCGAGGCUAAAUUGGAAAAUUGCAUCGUCACUUGAUUGUUGUGACUUGGUAUUCCUAUAGUUGCAUUCAAGAAGCAAUCAUGCCGCUGCUGUACAGUGUGGUUGCAAGAGGACCAACGGUCCUGUCAAAACAUGCUGCCUGUGCUGGAAAUUUUGAGGAAGUAACAGAGCAGAUUCUUGCCAAAAUACCGCCUCAAAAUGAUAAGAUGACAUAUUCACAGGGACCUUAUUUGUUCCAUUAUGUCUGUGAAGACAGAAUUGUUUACAUGUGCAUUACAGAUGAUGAUUUCCAAAGGUCAAGGGCAUUUCUUUACCUCAAUGAAAUCAAGAGGAGAUUCAGAACUAUGUAUGGUGAUGGUGCAUUAACUGCAUUAGCCUAUGCUAUGAAUACAGAAUUCGGAAGAGUUUUGGCUAAUGAAAUGAAACAUUACAGUGAGUCAAAGGAUUUGGAUACUAUUUCAAAAGUCCAUGGAGAAUUAGAUGAACUGAAAGAUAUUAUGGUGAAAAACAUCGACAACUUGGCGAUGCGAGGAGAACGUUUAGAGCUGCUUGUGAACAAGACGGAAAACUUAUCUAAUAACUCUGUAACCUUCAGGAAAUCCAGUCGCAAUCUCGCGCGAUCACUUUUUUGGAAAAAUGUAAAGAUGUACGUGAUUCUCGGUGCAGUGUUAAUCAUCGUAAUCUACGUGAUCCUCGCGCUCUCCUGUGGCGGACUCGGAUUACCAAAGUGUGUCUCAAGUAACUAGGUUCUUCUACAUGCAGCCAAAUGGUGUUACAUUUCCAAGACAUUUUUAAUCGUGUUUAUUAAUUCUCACGUGUAUUCUCGCAAAUAACCUGAAAGCAUUAUCCGGAAUAUCAUGUACGAAAUAUAUAAGCUUUCUGGCGCGCACGUAUGUAAUUUUAUAAGGAUACAUGAAAAGAACUGUAAUAUUAUUCCGAACGAGAGAAAAGGAGUUUGUAAAUAAUUCUGUUAGUAGCCGUAAGAAACACUUUUUAGAUGCCAAGUUAGUAAGUUCAAAAGGAAGUUCGAACUGUGCUGUUAUGGCAAACCUCUAGAAUAGUCACAAACUCGACUAGAAUAUAUCUUUUGUUAUUAUUUUUCAAUGUUGUAUAAAAACUCCUUUGAAUUUUAAUCCGGCUUGUUUCCGUCAAUUGUUAAUCAAGUUGUACACUUUAACCGAUAAGUUGUACUUUUAUUCUUACGUAUUAUUAUUAUCGAGAUAAUGGUGAAUUAUCAGUCUGAUCAAUUUAAAUUUAGUAUUAAAUACUUUAUUGUGUAAAAUUGUAAAUCUAGCGGCUUUUGUAAAACAUUAAAUUCUUUAUUACAUAUCACGAAAUUUAUUAUUUCGAAUAAACAACAGCGCAUCAA